AUUAGUUUAAUAAACAAGGAAGACACAGAAAACCAACCAUUUGUGUCUGAAGCUUGGAAUUCACUUCACCAAAGCAUGAAAUAUACCGUUUUCUUAACAUCUUUAGAUAUCUGUGUAUUCUGUCUUAUCCUUUUAUCAAGAAAAUCUUCUGCUACUGAUUUUCGGUACGAUGCAUGCUUGCCCAAGAAUUGUGACAAUGGCCCAAAAAUUAAAUUUCCAUUCUAUAUUGAAGGUUUGCAAAAAUCCUACUGCGGUUACCCCGGAUUCCAUCUCAAGUGCGGAAAACAUGGCUAUCCAAUGAUUAGUUCAACAGAAAAUGACUAUAUAGUUGAAAACAUUUCCUAUCCUCGUCGUUCUUUUCGUGUUUAUAAUGCUGCUGUUUUGAGUAAUUUAAACGGCAGAUGCCUUCCACAAAUCAGGAACACGACACUUCCUAUUAGAGAGUUUCAGUAUGUUAAUGCAACAAGUCUUUAUUUUUUGUCCAAUUGUAUUGAACCGUUGCCUAAUGAUCUUUUGCGAUACAAGGUUGACUGUCCGGGUGAGAAAAGAGAUAAUUUGGAUUUAGCAAUUUGUGAUAAGGAUGAAAAUUUGCAGAAGGGAUUGAAAAAUUGCGAAAAAAUAGUGGCGGCCCCGGUGGAAGUGCAUGGUGAUGAAGAGAGGAUUGUAGUGGGAGAGUAUAAGAAGAUUUUGAGAAGAGGGUUUGAACUGAAUUAUUCAUCAUCCAGUGAAUGCAGUACAUGUGAGAGAGAGGGCGGCCGAUGUGGCUUUAACACCACUAUUUUCAAGUUCCGUUGCUUCUGCCCUGACAGACCCCGUCCCCGGGGUUGCAGAUCACGACGUGCAGAUUCAGGUAUGUUAUAUUUCUUUUUUGUCACUUUCAAUUUAUGGAAUGUGAUAAUUGAAAAAUUAGUUUGAUAAAAGUUUCUUAGGAUCUGUUUAACGUUCACACUAACAAAAAGAAUUUUAAGUACGUUUUCUUACUUCCGUCAUAUAUGCCAAAAGGGCAUGUUGACAGAACAUGUACUGUGAUUUUAGCAGCCUAAAUCUUUUUUCUAAAGUCCUAAAUCUUUUCUUCUGUGUUACGUAAUAGAUGUUUGGAUAAAUUCAAGAAUAAUGUGCUGUAUGGUUCGUUCUUCCAUAUGUUUGACCAAGAAGCUUAAUAGCUUCUCAAUUUCAUCAAAAAACGAUUAACUUUAUUAAUAGUAAUAGUUCAAAUCUGCACAUGAUUCUCUACAUCUCAGU